AUGAAAGCAAAGCGUCUGAAGUGGGCCAAACAGUGGCGAGAUAAAGAUGAGAACUUCUGGAGAUCGGUCUGCUUCAGCGAUGAAAGCACGUUUGAAAUUUUGCAGAAUAAAGCUCUGUUUGUGCUUCGUCGUCAUGGAGAAAAGUUUCAUCCCGACUGUGUCGUUCAGACUGUUAAGCACCCUACAAAAGUGAUGAUCUGGUCAGUCAUCAGCAGCAAGGGAACUGGACGUCUGUACGUGGUAAAAGGUAUAAUGAAGCAAGAUCAGUAUAAAGAAGUCUUAAAAAAUCAAUUGAUUCCGCAGCUCAGAGAAUGGUUUCCGAAUGGGAAUUCAGUUUUAUGCAAGAUGGAGCUCGCAGUUACACAGCACGGUCUGUUAAAGCUUUUUUGA